AUGGAUAUUGUUCAAAAAACCGUGUUGGACCCGCUCCAGCCUUAUCUGAGGCCCAUCGUUGAGGCUAUCCCCGAACCGGUUCACGAUGCAGUCGUCUCCCUCAUCGGUGCGCCCUGCCACAGCGCCCUGCUCCUGGACCUCAGUCUCACCAAGGAUCCUGCCUGCACAUCCCUGGCCAUCUCCAAGGCUCUCGGUAUCGCCAUAGUUGGUGCCAGUGCUGUCGUUAAGGUUCCGCAGAUUCUGAAGCUGAUCAACUCCCGUUCAUCGGCGGGUGUUUCCUUCAUUUCCUAUGCCCUUGAAACUGCCAGCCUGCUGAUUACGCUGUCCUACGGCGUACGCAACCAGUUUCCCUUCAGCACCUAUGGCGAGUCGGCUCUUAUUGCCGUCCAGGAUGUUGCUGUUGGCAUUCUGGUCCUGACUUUUGCUGGCCGAUCUGCUGCUGCUGCCACUUUUGUCGCCGUUGUGGCAGCCGUUGUGUACGCGCUGCUGUUCGAUCAGACCCUGAUUGACGCGCAGACCAUGGCAUACCUCCAAGCUGGUGCAGGUGCUCUGGGUGUUGCUAGCAAAGCGCCCCAAAUAUACACGAUCUGGAGCGAGGGUGGCACUGGACAGCUGAGCGCAUUUGCGGUAUUCAACUAUCUUGCCGGCUCACUUUCUCGUAUCUUCACAACUCUCCAAGAAGUCGACGACAAGCUCAUUCUGUAUGGAUUUGUUGCCGGGUUCAGUCUCAACCUUAUUCUCGCUGCGCAGAUGCUGUACUAUUGGAACAGCCCCGCGCCGAAGAAGGCCAGUCGCGCAAAGAUCGCCGAAAAGCCUUCGGGCCAAAGCUCUAGUGUGUCCCCCAAGGCGGGCUCUAAGACACCUACUACGCGACGACGGGGUUGA